UGGACGCCCUGUGUGUUUCAAGGGCAAAGGGCGCUUGCUUGUACAACUGGUGCAGUUUUGACGUGUGACUUUCAGUCUCUCUGAACCCUGCAGUAAUCUUGUUAGUAGCUGUCAAAGUGAACCAUUAUGGACAGUUUUGGUUCUGAUUUCUCCUCGGGAGCCGCUGAGUCCGGAAAGAUGGACCCAGGCACGAUAAUGGAGCAAGUGAAGGUGCAGAUUGCCGUGGCCAACGCGCAAGAGCUUUUGCAGCGGAUGACAGACAAAUGCUUUAAGAAGUGCGUGGGCAAACCAGGUGGUUCGCUGGACAAUUCGGAGCAGAAAUGCAUCGCCAUGUGUAUGGAUCGCUACAUGGAUGCGUGGAACACCGUCUCCCGGGCUUACAACUCCAGACUGCAGCGGGAGAGAGCGCGCAUUUAACGAUGCAGCCGACCGCAGCCCUCCCUGCUUCUCCCGAAAACCGAAGAAAAAGACAUGGGAGCAAGGUUUACCAAGCAAGGGGCCAUUUACAAUGAACUAGGACACCAACCUGGACUAGGUAGCCCUUGGUUUUAACUGUGAUUGCUGGCCACCGGCAUCCAGCUGUGUCUUUUGAUCUGUGGCAGUGUAGCUUCCAGCAGUGAUGAGGAUUGGUAUACCCCUCAAACUGCUUCAGGUCUGUGUUAGGGAAUGUACACCCGUUGACCAGCGGGGCAAAAUGUGCUGCCACCUUUCUGAGUGUUAUUUUCUAGCUUGUUUUUUUGGAUUGCCUUUGCGGCUCUUCUCCCUCCCCUUGUCUUGUAGGAAUGUAUGACGGUCCUGACAUUCCAUUUGUAAAGGAGGUGGAGUGAAAAUCCCGUCGAUACGUUUGUUUGGUUUUAAAUGAUGUUCACAAAAAGUGAAAAGGGGAAACGUUUUUGGUUCCUCAAAUUUGCUUUAUGUGAACGACAGUCAUGGGAUAUAUCUCGUUAUGUUCCUCCAACCCCGAUCCCUCUUUGGUCUCUGCCUGCUUCGUCUAUAGGAUAAAAUGAAGGGUGGUUUGGGUUGUCAGUACUGUAAUGGGGUUCUGUUUUGUUGAACAGUGGCGGAUCCAAACUAAAAUGAAUAAGCCUAGUCUAGAAAAGACCUGUUUUCACUUGUUCUCAUUGCAUUUAACAAAUCAGGUGAAGCGAUCGGACGGGGUUCACAUAACGUAAAGGUUUCUUCAGGUGUAAAGAUCAUUAAAAGCCAUUAUCUGGACAGCAAGACCAUGUGCAUUUCUGUGUUGCUGCUGGUACCAUUAAUAAAGAAACUGGUUAGUUC